UACGAGCUUAUCUUGCUUCGCUAUCCCUCGUUCAGUAUCGAAGAGCAAAGUUUUAGCGCAAUGGCGAUGGAGAACCGAUUGGCUACGCGUCGUGAGGGGGCAGCUCCUGGCUCGAACCUGCCGCGAGCUGGAGGCGUGGCUGAGGACAACGACAACGAAGAUGAGAAAGUGUACUACGGCUUCGGCGUGUUCAUGGGCAUGUCAUUGUCUGAUCUCAAGGCGAUGAAGGACGAAUUCGUGGAGCAGCAGGCGAUGACGGGUGGCGCUCCGCGACGCAAUCUUCCUCCGUCCGCUGUGGUGGAUGGACGCGCGCACCGCGUUGAAGACGAUGGUAAUGGCUACGAGCACCAGGAGGACGUGCGUAUGGCACUGCCUCACGCGCAGCAGCAGCAGCAACGCAUGAACGGCUUUAAUGGUCAGCGCGGCGGCGAGGGCCAGUCCCGUGAAUUCGCCGGUGAGCGUGCGAGGUAUGGUCAAGAAGCGCCUGAUGCUGAGAUGGAAGAGGAUGCAGACAGCGAUGGCUCGGACGAGUUCGGGAAGUCGCACUCGCUAAACUUUAUCCUGCACUGAGGACUGAGGUGAUGAAGGCUUAGGCAGGAGAGAAAGGUUCAUGUAAUAUAUAGAGGGGGUUCGCACCACUCACGACGUUAUUUCUUUCGGUGAUCAUCGCCAAGUACGUCAGCAUCUCCCUCCUCUUCAAUUACACUU